AUGAACAUCAACAAAACUCAUAACCACAAGAAUAGUGAUCACAUGAAUAACGCCAGCAUCAUGUUAAUAUGGCAAAUAAACGACCCAUCGUCAUCUGCGCUAGGAUCAGGUGUUGCGCCAGUGCCAAAGCCAGGGAAUGCAUCUCUCAGUGUCAGGGGCGAGUGCCAGACAUCCACCAUCACACAAGGGGCAAGGGAGCCAGACCACACCACGGAGGAGGGCAAGGAGAGCAGUGAAGGGGUACAGGAGCCAGGACACACCAGGCAGGAGGGCAAGGAGAGCAGUGAAGGGGCAAGGGAGCCAGACCACACCAGAGAUGAGGGCAAGGAGAGCAGUGAAGGGGGCAAGGAGAGCAGUGAAGGGGUACAGGAGCCAGGACACACCAGGGAGGAGGGCAAGGAGAGCAGUGAAGGGGCAAGGGAGCCAGACCAUACCAGGCAGGAGGGCAAGGAGAGCAGUGAAGGGGUACAGGAGCCAGGACACACCAGGCAGGAGGGCAAGGAGAGCAGUGAAGGGGUACAGGAGCCAGACCACACCAGGCAGGAGGGCAAGGAGAGCAGUGAAGGGGUACAGGAGCCAGGACACACCAGACAGGAGGGCAAGGAGAGCAGUGAAGGGGUACAGGAGCCAGGACACACCAGGCAGGAGGACAAGGAGAGCAGUGAAGGGGUACAGGAGCCAGACCACACCAGGGAGGAGGACAAGAAGAGCAGUGAAGGGGUACAGGAGCCAGGCCACACCAGGGAGGAGGGCAAGGAGAGCAGUGAAGGGGCAAGGGAGCCAGACCACACCAGGCAGGAGGGCAAGGAGAGCAGUGAAGGGGUACAGGAGCCAGGACACACCAGGGAGGAGGGCAAGGAGAGCAGUGAAGGGGCAAGGGAGCCAGACCACACCAGGGAGGAGGGCAAGGAGAGCAGUGAAGGGGUACAGGAGCCAGACCACACCAGGGAGGAGGACAAGAAGAGCAGUUAA